AUGAAGAUGUAAAACGAUGCAUGUCAAAAUUUGAACAAUUUCUGUGUAGAAACCAUAGUAGAAUAGAAACACGAGGGAAGAAGGGUAGGAAAGUUGCCAUUCUGCUUACUAAGACCAUGAAAGCCAACAUUGACCAGUUGAUUUCUCUAAAGAAUGAAGAAACAGAAUACCUCUUUCAACUACCAGGAGCUAAGUUUCCAUUACGUGGGGCAGAUGUUCUCAGAAGAUUUACCUCAGAAGCUGCUUUAAAACAUCCAAAGUCAGUUACAUCCACUUCUUUGAGAAAACAACUUGCCACCAUGUCACAAGUUUUGAACUUAGACAACAACGAUCAGGACAUUCUAGCCAGGUUCACGGGUCAUGAUCUAAAUGUUCAUAGGGAUUUUGAUAGACUUCCUCAAAGCACCUUGGAAGUUGCUAAGGUAUCCAAAGUUCUUCAUGCGCUCAAUAUUGGGUCACUGGAUUCUAUUAAAGGAAAGAAUUUUGAUGAUAUUGAUGCUGAAGGAGAUCUGGAGUAUGAACCAGCAAGUGAUGAAGACGAUGACAAUAUUGUGGAGCCUACUGAUGGUGUGGUGGAGAAUGAUAACAGUGACAGGGAAGACGUUUUUUCAGAAUACUCUGAUGAUUCGGAGGCUGAUGCUUCAUGCAAGAAACCUAUAGGAAAGAGGAGAAAAAUAUCACAGAAAACACCUUGGUCCAAAGAGGAGCAGGACAUUGUUUUUAGUGAAUUUAAGAAGUGUUUCACACUAAAUGUUCUCCCAAAGAAGCUGGAAUGUGAGCAGCUAAUAAAAAAGCACCCAGUUCUUACAAGAAGGACUUGGACUAUGGUCAAAGGAUUUGUACGAACAAGGCAACUUGCUAUGAAGAGACAAAAAUCAUGCAAUUGA